GCUGCGGAGGUGCUGCCGCGCACCCACCACGAGCGGCUGCAGCUGCGGUCGCUGAGGGAGCUGCACCCCGGCCCCAACCCGGGCCAAGUGGUGCUGUGUCGGCCGCUGGUAUUCGUGGCGCCGCCGCUCAACGCGUCGGGCACGCUCUACUUGGUGUGUGUCGACACGGGCGGCUGUGUGUUCGUGCUGUCCCUGGCGCACGUGCACCACGACGCAUUCGACAUGACGGCGCUGCUCGCCGUACUGCACCCGCAGCUGAGGAACGUGGACACCAAAUGGCCGCCUCCGCCGCCUUCGCCCCCUCCAGUGCUGCCUCCACCACCACCUCCUCCUCCAUCACAACAACAACAAAAACCACAGACACCAUUAUCAGAGACCGCAGCAGCCCCAGCAACGACAGUGGCAGCACCAGCCGCUCCCGCCCCCAGCAGCCGCACCUACCGCUUCCCCAUGCUGCUGGUGGGAGUGGACCUGGGGUGUCGCAGCUGCGUGCUGGUGG